UAGCAAAGUACAUGUUGUCUGAGCUGGCUACGGACUCAGAGUUGACAGAAGAUGAAAAAGGUAAAUACUGUCAGACUUCUGACCUGAGGACGUCAAUGGUCAGACAGAGGGAUGUGCUUUACUGAAGCAAUACUUCACCUCCAUCCUUUGUAUCUCUUUCCUCUUUUUCUUUGCUUCGUAAAAACAUGUCGUCCAUCUCCAUACCUCCACCACAAUGCCUGAAGAAACGUCUGAUUGUUCCUCACCGUCACAUGUUUGGACCAGGACCUUCCAACGUUCCUCCACGCAUCCUGGAAGCUGGUGCCAAGCCCGUCAUUGGACACAUGCACCCAGAGACAUUUGAGAUAAUGAGUGACAUCAAGAGUGGAAUCCAAUACAUGUUCCAGACUCAAAACAGGACAACUUUAGCCGUGAGCGGCACCGGCCACACUGCAAUGGAGUGUGCCAUCUUCAACACGGUGGAGCCUGGUGAGAGCGUCCUGGUAGCCGUCAAUGGUAUCUGGGGAGAGCGAGCAUUCGAUAUGGCGGAGAGGAUUGGUGCAAGAGUAAAUUCCAUUGUGGCGCCCCCUGGAAGCUACGUGACCAAUAGAGUGAUUGAGAGGGCUUUAUCUGAACACAGACCAGUUCUCUUCUUCCUCGCACAUGGAGAAUCUUCCACAGGAGUCCUGCAUCCUUUAGAUGGCAUUGGCGAACUGUGCCACAAGUAUAACUGCCUGUUUCUUGUUGACUCAGUGGCUUCAAUAGGAGGAGCCCCUCUCUACAUGGACCAGCAAGGGAUCGACAUCUUGUACACAGGCUCGCAAAAGGUUCUGAACGCCCCUCCUGGUACUGCACCCAUUUCAUUCAGUGAGAGAGCAUGUCAAAAAGUAUUCAGUCGGACAACAAAACCUGUAUCGUUCUUCUUGGAUUUGAGUUGGCUUGCAAACUACUGGGGAUGUGAUGACAAGCCAGCAAGGAUAUACCAUCACACAGGGCCGGUCACCGCUUUUUACUCCCUGAGGGAGAGCCUGGCUGUCCUUGCUGAUGAGGGCCUGGAAAAAUCAUGGGAAAGACAUCAAAAGGUGGCAGAGUAUUUCCAUGCCGGACUGGAGAGCAUGGGCCUCAAACUUUUUGUCAAAGAAAAGCGUGCAAGACUGCCGACAGUCACCACAAUCGUCACUCCUCCUGGAUACGACUGGAAGGAGAUCACAGCCUACAUCAUGAAAACACACAACUUAGAGAUUUCUGGAGGGCUGGGAUCUUCAGUUGGUUUGGUGUUUCGUGUGGGAUUGAUGGGAUGCAACAGCAGUAAAGCUAAUGCUGACAUGGUGCUGGCAGCACUGAAAGAUGCCCUGAAACACUGCCACCGGAGCAAAGUGUAGGAUGAGCCUGUUUGAAAUAAAAAAGACAACACUUUAUACAAUACAGCCAGUUUUACUGUAACUUGAGAAAAAGGUGUGGAAAAGAAUAAUUUUCUUUUGCAUCUGUGUGUGCUGCAAUAAACUGUGACCAUUGA